AUGGAGAAGACUAAUAAUGGUCUGCGAGUGAUUCUGUUUCCACUUCCAAUACAAGGAUGCAUCAACCCUAUGCUUCAACUCGCCAAGAUCCUUCACUCAAGAGGUUUCUCCAUCACUGUGAUCCACACGAGCUUCAACGCUCCAAAAGCUUCAUGCCACCCUCUCUUCACCUUCUUAAAGAUCGAAGACGGCUUGUCUGAAAUCGAGACAAGAACUCGCGAUGUCACACUUCGUUUAACGAUUCUGAACCGAAGAUGUGAGUCUCCGUUUCGUGACUGUUUGACUAAACUUUUGCGAUCUUCAGAUUCCAAAACAGGGGAAGAGAAACAGAGGAUUUGUUGUUUGAUUGAUGAUUCUCAAUGGAUCUUCACACAAGCUUUAGCCAAGAGUUUGAAUCUCCCGAGAUUAGCUCUUAUCGCGACCAGUGUCUCUUUCUUUCGAGGCCAUUUUGUUCUUCCUCAGCUCCGCCGUCAAAGAUGUCUUCCGGUACAAGAUUCAGAACAAGUUAAGGAGUUUCUGCCGCAUCGAAAGAAAGAUAUCUACCGGCUUCUUGCUGAAAAAACGGAGAUACUUGAUGACUACUUGAAUCGGAUUUACGAAACGGCUAAAGCGUCUUCAGGUCUCAUAUUCGGGUCGUCCUGUGAAGAGUUGGACCAAGACUCACUGACUCAAGCACGUCAAGAGUUUCAAGUCCCAAUCUUUGCGAUAGGACCUUCUCAUACCCGCUUUACGGGUUCGUCUAGUAGCUUACUAACACCAGAUGAGACUUGCAUUCCUUGGUUGGAUAGACAAGAAGACAAAUCCGUGAUUUACGCGAGUUUCGGGAGCCUCGUCACCAUCAGAGAAUCGGAGUUAUUGGAGAUUGCUUGGGGUCUAAUAAACAGCGACCGACCUUUCUUGUGGGUGGUACGGGUUGGUUCGGUCAAUGGAACAAAAUGGAUCGAGGAGAUACCUGAAGAAGUCAUGGAAAUGCUUACUGAGAAGGGAAAGAUUGUGAAAUGGGCUCCGCAACUAGACGUUCUAAAGCAUCGAGCCAUUGGAGGAUACUUGACACACAAUGGUUGGAACUCGACGGUUGAGAGUAUUUGUGAAGGCGUCCCUAUGAUCUGUUUGCCAUUUUACUGGGACCAAAUGCUAAACGCGAGAUUUGUUAGCGAGGUAUGGAUGGUCGGACUGCAUCUAGAGAAUCGGAUCGAGAGAAAUGAGAUCGAGAACGCGGUAAGGAGAUUGUUGCUGGAAACUGAAGGAGAAGCAAUCCGAGAAAGAAUGGAACUUCUUAAGGAGAAAGUAGGAGGAUCAAUUAAACCAAACGGUUCGGCAUAUCGAUCUUUAGAACAUUUGGUUGAUCAUAUAUCAUCUUUCUAG